AAUCAAGUCUAAUUGGGUCAUUCCAAAUAGUAAGUCCAUUAAAGAAUAUAUAGGCACCAUAAAAGGAAUUUUUAGUUUCACAAGUGGAUUACUUUUCUACUCUUCCUACAAAUUUUGUCAUUAGACUUCAAAAAAAUCACAUCUAAAACAUACCCAUUUUCACCCCCUUCAUCAUCAACACUUCUCUUGAUAUGCAAUAUUCCUAAAUCUUCCCAUAUUCAUUCUUUUCCCCCUUGAAAAAAACCCAAAUAGAUAAGUAAUUAUGAUGCAUAAACAUGAUCAUUUUUACAAAUCAUGGAGCAUUAAAAGAGAAAUGAAGCAAAAUAAGCAAAUUUUCGGCGAAAUUUGACAAGAAGAGUUCAUCGAAAGAGAUGAAUGAUCAAAUAGUUGAGGAUACUAAAACCUUUGGUAAACUCUUGAUUUGAACAAGACAGGUUAUGGUAAUGGAAAUUAUCAUAUCUGUAUUGUUAUUAUUUAUAGGUAUUGCAAUUUUGGUAAUGAUUCAUAUAUGUAUAGUUGGGAGGGCAUUUAGGAGAGGUUUUUAUGCAGAUGGUGUCCCAAUUAUUAAAGGAGCAGGGAUGACUAUAAAAGACCUUAAUAAACUCCCUUGUUUCGAGUACAAACAAGCUGCUGCUGUUGCUGCUGCUGCUACUGCUACUGCUACUGCAACAACUACUACAGUUGUUGAUUGUGCUGUUUGUUUGGACAGUUUUGAGGUUGGUGAUUACUGCAGAACUCUGCCUAAUUGUCACCAUUACUUUCAUGUUCAAUGUGUUGAUCUUUGGCUUAUCAAAACACCCUUUUGCCCUGUUUGUCGAACCUGCACCAUUAUGUCUGUGACUAUGGUGUCGCCUAAAGUUGGCUCGAAUGUAGUCGAUGCAGGAAGAAAUGCUUCAUCAGCCAAUGUCGCGAAUGAUUUGUGUUAAGUACAAGUUUAAGUAUUUUGUGAGUCGUCCCACAUUGAAGGUUGAAUUCGGCGCCAUGUUCUGUUCUUGUAUGUCUAGUUCAGAUCACAGGCUUAUAAGUUUAAGUAUGUUCUGCAACAAUUUGUAUAUAGUGUUUCUGGGUGUCUCUGUACGGCAAUCUCUCUCAUUCUAUGAGUUAAGUACUAUUUGAUUUUCGGUCUGUUGGAGAGUUUUAAAUUGCUAGCAUAAAUUAGUUUCCUAAUUGUUUUUUCAUCAUUUUUUUUCCUAGUUGUAGUAGUCCUACGUACAUACGAUUACUUUGUACUAUAAAUAUUCAUCAGUUAUGACUGAGUUAUCAAUCAAUAAUAACACAUUAUUAAUCUUUUUUCCUUCGAUUA